UUAAUCAAGGACAGUAAAGGAAACCAACCACUGCUCCACAAUGUCUUUAUUAAUGCAUACACAGAAUAGCUUUAGUCUAUCCAUUCUUUUAUCUCAAAUUCUCAAUGGCUCCUCAAAUUCAUGACUUGUUAGCCCUUUUCACUUUUUUCUUAUCCAUGAUUCUUGCACUCAUGAUGAUGAGGAAGAAUCUAAGAAAACCUGACUCAAUUCCAAAUAUACCACCAGGGCCAUGGAAGCUACCAAUAAUAGGAAGCAUACCCCAUCUCAUUGGUUCUCCACCACACAGAAAAUUAAGAAAAUUGUCCAAAAAAUAUGGCCCCUUGAUGCACCUUCAACUUGGAGAGGUCUUCUUCAUCAUUGUUUCAUCAGCAGAGUAUGCUAAGGAAGUCAUGAAAACCCAUGAUGUUACCUUUGCAUCAAGGCCUUAUACUCUAGCCUCGGAUAUAGUGUUUUAUGGUUCAACAGACAUAGCCUUUUCACCUUAUGGUGAUUACUGGAGACAGCUUAGGAAGAUUUGCAAUGUAGAGCUUUUAAGCAUGAAACGUGUCCAAUCUUUGUGGCCAGUCAGAGUGGGAGAGGUGACUAACUUCAUCAAACACAUUGCUUCAGAAGAAGGAUCAGUCAUCAAUCUUUCUCAAGCAAUUGUUUCAUUGUUAUUCACAAUCACUUCAAAGACUGCAUUUGGCAAGACAUAUGAGGAACAAGAUGAGUUCAUAUCAGUGGUAAAACAACUUGCAAAGCUCUGUGGAGGUUUCUACAUAGGAGACUUGUUUCCUUCAGCUAAAUGGCUUCAUUACAUUUCUGGGAUGAGGCCUAAGCUUGAAAAGUUGCGCCACAUAGUAGACAGGAUUAUGGAGAAUAUCAUCAAUGACCAUAAAGAGGCAAGGUUAAGAUCUAAACAAGCAUUUCGUGAAGCAGAGGGAGAUCUGAUUGAUGUUCUCUUAGAGUUUGAGGAUGAUUUUCGCUUACCUUCGACGACUAUCAAAGCUAUAAUCUUCGAUGUAUUUAUUGCUGGGAGCGAGUCUGCAGCAACUACUGUUAAUUGGGCAAUGACUGAGAUGUUGAAGGAUCCAAGAGUAUUGAAGAAAGCACAAAUUGAAGUGAGAGAGGUGUUUGACAGGAGAGGAAAGAUUGAUGAAAGUGCCAUUGAGGAGCUCAAAUACUUAAAAGCAAUCAUCAAAGAGGUCCUCAGGUUACAUCCUCCUGGUCCUCUUCUUAUUCCAAGGGAAUGUGAAGAAGCAUGUGAGAUUAAUGGAUUUAAUAUACCUGUUAAAAGCAGAGUCAUUGUCAAUGCUUGGGCAAUUGGAAGGGAUCCAAAAUAUUGGAAUGAACCAAAUAGGUUUUAUCCUGAAAGGUUUAUUGAUAAUUCUAUUGAUUACAAAGGAACUGAUUUUAAGUAUAUCCCAUUUGGAGCUGGAAGGAGAAUUUGCCCUGGCAUGAACUAUGGUAUGGCAAAUGUUGAGGAGGUCCUUGCAUUCUUACUAUAUCAUUUUGAUUGGAGACUACCCAAUGGAAUGAAAAAUGAGGACUUGGACUUGACGGAGGAAUUUGGAAUUACUAUAAUUAAAAAAUAUGAUCUAUACUUGAUUCCCACUGUUGUCCAUCCUUUGCCUGCAGCUUAGAAAAUGCCCAACUUGAAAAGUGGUACCCUAUUGUCUUUAUAUUUGUUAUCAUAAGUUUCUAUGUGCUACUUGUUAUUCAGGCCUAAACGUUAUUAUGUUAUUUUUCGUUUUGUCAUGAAAUCGGUUUACUCAUCCAUAAUAAUAUUUUAUGUUAUAUUGUUGUUU